GGUUAUGUCAAAAAUCCAAUCCGUAAUUGAAAACAAUGCAGAGGUUAUGCCAAAAUUCAAUAAAUACCGAAUUAAAAUGUCCAAUAAUCCCGUUUUAAGUGCGAAACAGCAAAAGGGGACUCUUGCAGCAAAAAAAACCAAAACGAAAGAGACUAUAAGGAACGUAUUGGUGGCACCAUAUAUAAAAUAUUGGCCUCUCAUAUGCCAGGGGGUCGAUUAUGAGCACCUCAUAUCAAUCUUGGGGUCUUACUUGGAAAUGACACGACCUUCUAUGUCAAUACGGAUUCCAUGGAAAGAAUUAAGAAAAGUUCCGAAAGCUGAAAGAAAAGCUUUGAAAAUGCCUCCAGAAUAUGCAGGAAUAAUUGAUAAGAUACCAGAAGGAGAAAAAACUUUCAUCAUAGGGGUAAAUGACAUAAACAAAACUCUACAAAAGUAUCCGAAUACCAUCAAAGCAAUUUUAAUCACUUCAGACGUGCAGCCUCCUCUAAUGGUCGAACACCUCAUCGAUCAAAGUGUUUUACAUCAUAUCCCCGUCCUCAUAAUUCAAUCGCUUAGAAAACUUUUAAAAGAAAAACAUGGUUUGGGUAGUAUCGCAAUUGCUUUGACAGAUAACCCCCAAAAUACGAGUUUGUUAAAUAUAAUUGGGGAAAUUUACCAAUACUUUCCUGUUUCUGAAAAUCAUAUUAAUUAUAAAAGAGCUUUUGCAAAAUCAUGUGAUACUAUUUCAGUAGAAAAUGAUAAUAAUAAUAAUAAUAAUGAACUGGAGUUAGAGAGUGAAAAGUUGCAUCUGUGUCGAAAUGGUGCAGGUAAAAGAUGCUUUAUACCUGGACAAAGUCAAAAAGUUGAAAAGAAUUUACAAGUUGACUCAAUAGACUUUUUAGCAUUUAGUGAAACAAGGGAUAAACCACAUGAUAUUUGUUUAACUGUUGAGGAUGAUGAGAUUAUUGUGAUACCUGAUACACCAAUGGCAAAAAAAUGUUCGGAAAAGAGAAAGUUGAAUUCUUCUCCCCUACCAAAAGCUUAUAAAUCAUUGUCAGUUAAGAAGAUAAAAGGAAACACUAAUAGGAACAAGAGAAAAAUUGAUGACAUGAAGAAUAGAGUUAAGAAAAAGACAAAAAAAAGGAGUAAAUAAAUAAGACUAAGUAUUAGACAAACUUGUUUUUCUAAAAUAUAUUUAUUCAAACAUAAA